AUGAGUUCUAACUCAAAUACUCAAACAUUUCAACCUGUAGGAAAAGCAUUACCGAGAGAGAUUAUCAAAUGGAUUCAAGGGCUUGAUUUAAGUUAUUCGGUUAAAGAUCCUAGGAGGUAUAGACUAUUAUUGAUAACUUAUAUNGCAAAUGCUCUAAAAUUUACUUAAAAAGGAGCCAUAUCAAUUAAGUUUGUUUAAUAAGGAUUAUUAGUAAGUGCUGGAGUUGAAGACACAGGAGUUGGAAUAUCCUAAAAUAAUUUAACAAAGCUCUUCAAAGCUUUUGGUAAAAUUAAAGAAGGACUCUCUGAGAAUCUAAACGAACAAGGAGUUGGAUUGGGUCUUCUGAUAAGUAACAAAUUAGCUCAAUAAUUAUCUCAUGAUAACUCUGGAUUGAAGGUAAUUUCUCAAGAUACUUCCUAAGCUAAGCAUGGAUCUUACUUUUAUUUAACUUUAAGAAUUCAAUAAUUACACCAUAAGUGUUCUUGUGUUAAACCUUAAUAAAUAGACUUGAUAGAUGAAUAUACUCCAUGCUUAAAUGAAAUUCUAUUAAAUAAUCAGAAAGCCUAGACUUAAUAAUAAUAACAAAAAAUAAAUAUAAAUGGUGAAUAUUAAAGUAUCUCACAAUCUAUUGAGAAUAAAAAUGCAGUUUAAGAUAAUCAUAACAAAUGUAAACAUAUUCUGAUAGUUGAUGAUAAUGUAUUUAAUUAAUAAGUAUUAGAAAUGCAGAUUAAGCAAUUGUAAUAUAAUUUUAUAUUAAAAUUAGUACAAGUACUUAGAUUGACAAAACUUUUAAUGGUACUGAUGCACUAGAUUAUGUUAAAUCAAAAAAAUGUUGUGAAUCUUGUUUAGGUUAUAAGGCCGUAUUUAUGGAUAUGGAAAUGCCAGGCUUGAAUGGUAUAUAGACUUCAAUUUAGAUAUUACAGAUUAAUUUGCAAAUGAAAAUAUUUAUCACAUCUGGGUAUGAUGAAAAUAUACUCAAAAACCAAAGUUAAAAUGUUGGAAUCAAAGAGUUUUUAGUUAAACCAAUCUCUAAACAAAUAAUUGAAAGAGUUAUUAAAGAUUACAAUCUAUGA